AUGACACUUCGUCAUGUUCACGUCUCGUUUCAAUCGCGCCUGCUUUCUGUUAUACAUACAUCUCCAAUUUUUAUCAAUACUACAUCAUCUAAGGUAAAUUGUCAGCGUUUGCAUCAUGCGUUCAAGCCGCCAUUUCUACCAUGUACAAGUCAACUUGGCUCCACACGAACGAAGGUGAGCGAGCGUGCAUUGCGUCGCAAAAAUCUUCGCAAGAUGAAAAAUGAAAAACACGGUAAGAUACCAAUGCUUAAGGAAACAUUGCGCAAGCUUUAUCUACGCACACAUCCCGACCUGUUUGGGCGGUAUCCAAAUCAACAGCGUGCGAACGAAGAAUCAUACAAGGAAUUACUGGGAAUUCUGGAUGCGAUCGAAAAACACAACGAAUUUCCUCCAGCCAAGACGUUGAGCCUUCCAUUUUUCUUAAAGACGCCAGUGGAGGGUGAGUUUCAAGAGGUAAAGUUACGGCUUCGCACAACGGGUGGUGCAUGUAAUACUCUGGUGGAGGAGGCGCUAGGUCGAUUUUUUGGUGAAUGCAGUCUACCAGAGGUUUUUCAAUGGGGAGAAGGUAGUUGGGGCAAAGGUGUGGGAAAAGAUGCAGUGGAGAAUUCGAACCUUGGCUUCGAUGAGGAUGAAGAGGCUCGCGAGAAGGCACGAAAGGAGGCAGAUAAACUGGCAAUGCAUGAGGAACAACUGCGGCGUUCAGCUCCAGCUUAUAAUCCUGUUGACCGCAGUGCGCCUAAGGAUCAAUCGAUCGAGAAGGUAUUAAACGAGAUGGACGACACGUUGCAGCUUAUUGCUGCUGUUCCUUAUCUUGAUGACGAAGACGAGCAACACCGCGCUAUUAAACUUCAUUUUGAAAAAGGAUCAGGUCUGAAUGACAUUAAUGCACAGGGCUACAAAGUCAAGGCGGGUGUAAUUCAAAUGUGGCAGGGUGAGCGUGAUUUGAGGACACUUAUAAGAGAUACUGAUGGCGACUCAGCAAUUCUUUUGCAAAGAAUUUUAAUGCAUACAUUAGAUUUCGAAAAGCAGAUAGACGAGAUUAUUGCAAAGGGAGAAUUGGAAUAG